AUGGGCUCCGCACCUCCACCCAUGCCCUAUGAGAAGGUGCCACUACCGGCUUCGGGGGCCUACAUUGCCGUUGUGGGCCCAUGCAUGAAGCCACCCUUCCCCAAGAUAGAGAGAAAAGGCGAACUAGUUGUAGUCGAGCUCCCAUAUGCUUUGGUUCAGGCUUCCAUAUAUAGGAAAACGCCGAUCUGGUGGAGAUGGUACUGUUGGAUAUGCCCUGCCGCAUGGACGUUAUAUGGGCUUGUCUCACAAUAUGGUGACAUCACCACACCCAUGGAAGAUGGCAGGACUGUGAAUGUAUUCAUAGAAGACUACUUUGACUUCAAGCACAGCUGGCUGGGGUGGGCCGCUGCCAUUGUCGUGGCUUUUAGCGUAUUCUUUGCCGCCUUGUUCGCCUUUGCCAUCAUGAAGCUCAACUUUGAGAAAAGAUGA